GGACUCAUCUAUGCAAUGCACCUCAAAUAUCCCAAAGCACUGACCAACACGUUUACUCAAGAGAUUUGACUUGGUCUAGACGGUAAACUACCAUCCAGGUUGCAGACCCUCAAAAAUGACUUGAUGAUACAUCUGUAAAGCUAAGUUGAAAUAAGGAGGCAUAACGCAUUAUAACAGACUAUAGUUAUCUCCCUUUGUCUAAACUGCCUCAAAAAUAUUGCACUAUAUACUCUGCAUUUGUUCAGGCAGUAGGUUCAAAGUUCACUGUCUUUUAUCAAGUAACACAAAUGUUUAGCUUGUUUUGACGUUGUUUUUAAGUGUAAUUAAUAAAAAUGAUGAAUUUUAUUUAUAUGGCGCCUUUCUAGACGCCCAAGGUCGCCUCACAGAUAGAAAACAAUAGAAUACCAUUAAAAAAAAAGACACAUUAGUUAAAAACUAAAUUUUCUUUAAUUUCAACAUUGCACAGAAGGUAGUGAGCAAAUAAUAUUGUUAGGCAGAUGUUUAUGACGUAACGCUUUAUUUAAGUUACCGUUACUCAAUGAUUUUUGGGUAAUCAUUGGCCCAAAAAUGUUUAGGUUUUGAAAUUCAUGGUUUUGAGUUUACUGACUCAAAGAAUUUGAUUACUCCUGUGCAAGAAGGGAACUUAUAAAGAUUAAGUUUUGUUAAGAUAAAAUUGUGUAGUUGUGUACUUAUUUUUUUAAGUUAUGCAAACUUAUUCCUGUGGCUUGAAAACUGAAAACUGGUGAGUCAUAGUAACUGAUGACAAUGAAGUUGUCUCAACAGGAAAACAUAAGUCAUAUUUAAUGCCAAUAUUUGAUCUGCACAAAUGUAAUGCUUUUAAUUUAACUCUUAUCAAUUAAAUCUUUUAUGUUAUGGAAAAAUCUGACUUUUUAGUUAAUCAACUGACAAUAAUUGUGGCAAAUGAGUUUUGCUAACUUGUUCGGGUUUACAGCAGCAUCACAGCUACAGGAACACAUUUCUCACCAAUGUUGUGGAUUCAAAGACGUGGAUUUCAGCUGCUACAACUCUCAAAAUGGCCGUUGAGGAGUUAAUUGCUAUAGCUAACACCCCGAUAGUGACGCCUCUCUGGUCUUCCACAGCUUGCUCUGCUAGAACAGCAAGAUCUCUCCUGUCUUCCGUGGUUAAAGUGAAAAGACUUGUGGUAAAAACGUGCUCAGAAACUGAUCUGAGAGCUGCUGGGCCAAGCGGAACAGCCACCACCUCUGAUUGGCUGUUAAAACUGAUCUGCAUGAGGGGUUUGGUGGACUGGGUGAUGCAUUCAAGCAUUCUAGGACAUUUAAAACUUUGUAGAUGGAAAUAAAUUAAAGUUAUUAAUGGAUUUAUUUUAAAUAAAGAAAAUAUCCAAUAAAAACUCAGUUCACAAGAAAAGCUUCCUAUCAACCACUCUGAUCAAUCCCCUGCCGCUGGAUUCCUCUAGGCAUUAUGGGUAGUGUAGUCAAAUCAAGUUCAUGACAGCUUUUUUUGCUUUAUGCACGAUAUAAUUUGUUGGACCUCUGGGUCUGAAAAAUACAAUACAAAUGUUGUAAAAUCAAAUUUUUCACAAAUGUUUUAGUAUUUUUCAGAUUGUAUUGAUUCAUAUGUAAGCACCAAAAAGUAAACUAAUGCUAAAGUUCCAUGCCGUGUAACUUAGCAACAGACUGUGACAUCACUGAUAUCACAGAGCCCCACUUUAUAAGUUGCUUAGCAAUACGGUUAAACCACAACACUCUACGAUCUCCAAAGUAAAGCACACAUUUUGAGACUAAGGAAAGACUUUCCGAUUUCCUCAAGUUUUUGUGUAAUAAACGAGGAACGAUCAUGGACAAAGACUCUGCCAUGGACAAUCCAAAACAUACUGUCGAGAGGAAGACCAGCCCUGACAAUAAGAAAAGGAAGAAAAAAGGGACGUUCCCGGUGCCAAGUGAGACUCCUGACUCUGAGACUUCACAACCAUCAACCAGCACCCAAGACAACACCCCAGGGAGAAAACUAAAAAGAAAGAAACAGGAAGACAAAGAGGAAGAAGAAAUAAUAGAGCCAAAGAAGGUGAAAACUCCUCUGAGAGAUGAUGGACAAACCAAAAACGCUGAGAGGAAGUCUUUCCCUACAAAGAAGAAACAGAAGAAAAAACAUCUAAACCAUGAACCCAUUGAGUCUUCUGCAUCUGAGCCUUCACAACCCUCUACCAGCACCCAAGACAACACCCAAGUGACAACACUAAAGAGGAAAAGACAGGAGGAAGAAAUAACAGAGCUGAAGAAGAGGAAAACAACUCUAAAAGGUUCCAGUUCCAGUGACGCCGAACAAACUGCAACAUCCUCACAGAAAACUGAGAUUACCGAUAAAGAUAAAUUUAAAGCCAAAUAUGUGGAAAAACAUCAAUUUGGUGAAGGAGGUUAUGGAUCCAUAUAUGCUGGCUUUCGUAAAUCUGACAACCUACCAGUAGCCAUCAAGCACAUUUUAAAAUCUAUAAUCCCACAUAAAAAACUGGAUGAUGGCAAUGGAAAAAUGGUUCCUUCUGAAGUGGCCAUUAUGUUAAAAUUACGAGAUGAAUCCAUUCAUUCAGAUGGAAAAGCAGCGCCAGUAGCCCUGUUGGACUGGUAUGACAUCGGCAGAGAAAUCCUCCUGGUCAUGGAGAGACCAAUCCCUUGUGAGGACCUCUUUCAUUACAUUGAUACCAAAGGAGGCACACUGGAAGAAGAAGAAGCCAAGAUCAUAAUGACACAGCUAAUUCACACAGCCAUAGACCUUGAGGACAGAAGUAUCUUCCACCAAGACAUCAAAACUGAAAACAUCCUCAUUCAAAGCCACUCAAAUACACCACAAGCUCGUCUUAUAGACUUUGGAGUGAGCUGCCUGGCAGAAAAGGAUUCCAUCCUUAGAGAAUUUUCAGGAACUCCUAUAAAUGCCCCCCCAGAAGCCUUUAAAGGUUUUUGUAGCCCAGGAUCAACCACAGUGUGGCAGCUUGGGGUGGUUCUGUAUGAAACCCUCCAUUACCGCGGCGAUUUUUCAACAAUGGAUUUUCUCGAAGGGGAUCUGAUGAUUGACAGUGAACUGUCAGAAGAGUGCCAAGACUUUUUCAAAGCAUGUUUGAAUACUUCUGAAGAACAGCGCCCCUACCUGCAAGAUCUCCUCCACCAUCCAUGGCUCAGAUAAAAGAAAAAGAAAACACUCAGACACACACACACAUACACACACACACACACACACACACACACACACACACACACAGGGACAGAGAACUCAAAAGUCUAAAAUUUUAAAUAAGCUUAAAAUUUCAGCAAAAAUCUUAAACCUAAAUUGACCUUAGAAUAAAUAUGAAAAGGAAAAUGAUAAAUACUAAAGUUUAGCUGCAAAUAGGGGCAGACGAUGGCAAUAUUAUAAAAUGAAAGUUUUUACUCUUAGUGCCACAUAAGCAGAUUUAAAAUUGGAAUUGGUUUUAAAACUUGCAUUUCCCAUGAUUACUAGUGUUUACCAACACUUUUGUUAAAGUAGCUCAAACUUGCACGAUACACUCCUUUUCUUUCAGUCUUCUUUUGGUUGGAUGUUUGGAAACACGGCACUAGGCAACGUUAAGAAACAGAACGUUGUUAAAAGAAACAUAGUACAGUAUAAUUGAAAAUCCAGAUUGGGUAAAGAUACUAGAAUUAGUUAAAGGAAAACUGGAUAAAGGCUCCUCACUCGCAUUAAAUGUCUUCUGGGUUCUCUGUCCACUGAUUGUGCUAAUGCUGACUCUCACGGAAAGAUCUGCCUCGUUUUCCUUGUUGCAGUGACCAGGACUCGUCGGUGUUGCAGUGACCAGGACUCGUCGGUGUUGCAGUGACCAGGACUCGUCGGUGUUGCUGUGACCAGGACUCGUCGGUGUUGCAGUGACCAGGACUCGUCGGUGUUGCAGUGACCAGGACUCGUCGGUGUUGCAGUGACCAGGACUCGUCGGUGUUGCAGUGACCAGGACUCGUCGUUGUUGCUGUGACCAGGACUCGUCGGUGUUGCAGUGACCAGGACUCGUCGGUGUUGCAGUGACCAGGACUCGUCGGUGUUGCAGUGACCAGGACUCGUCGGUGUUGCAGUGACCAGGACUCGUCGGUGUUGCCGUGACCAGGACUCGUCGGUGUUGCUGUGACCAGGACUCGUCGGUGUUGCCGUGACCAGGACUCGUCGGUGUUGCCGUGACCAGGACUCGUCGGUGUUGCAGUGACCAGGACUCGUCGGUGUUGCCGUGACCAGGACUCGUCGGUGUUGCUGUGACCUUCGUGGAUGCCGUGUGCAGAUCUCCUCCAGAGAGAGUUGGCAGGACCGUCUGAGUCUCACAUUUUGGACUCCUUGGCGUGGUGGUGGUGGUGCUGGUGGGGGGGUUGUUACAGUGUGCUGCUAGCACACUUUUUCUGCAGCUCCUUUAACCCCCCUGCCUUUCCCGAGGGUUCUCCCUAAACUCACAUUGGCCUUCAAGGGAGUCCGACCUCAUCUUCAUGGAGAGCUUGGCAGGAGAGGAGCGUGCUCCACCCAAACCAGGUGGAUUUCAUUGGCAUAAAGAAUAACAUAAAAACUAGGAGGGGACGUGCAAAAACCAGACAAGGCUUUUUAAUUCAUCUUUAAAAACGUAAAAUUAGAAGCUCAAAAAACAAAAAUCGUUUUAAUUAGAAGCGUACUUAAGUCUAACAAGGUUGCAUAGUGUUUAAGGAACUAAAAGAUGUUGGGAGGGGGUUGGAGACCACCUCCAUUUAUUGCAGAUCUGACUAUUUUCCCAAAACAAGCAAUAGAAACCACAGUGUUAGAUUCCAAAUGAGCUUCUACAUGAGGGUGGUAGGAAAUCAGCUAAUUUUACAAAGUCUUUGUAUUUUUAUUCAGAACAGAUCUCAAAUAAUAAAAGAAUAUUGGACAUAACUGAGAUCAAAUGAGGAUUCAAAUGGCUAAGCAAAGAAAAACGCAUUAGGAAGGGGCUACCAACCCAAACUGAAUUCAGGGGGGAAAGAAACUUAGGGACAAUCAAUAUUUUCUGUAGUUAAAACAAAAACACAGAUCUGGUUCCGUUACACGUGUGUGGGUUUUAUCCGGGCCUUUUGGCCAUCUCCCACAUCUUAAAGACGUGUCUCAAAACAAAAUUUGCAUACCGAAACGUAGCUUUUUUUUGAUAAAUUGACUUGGUCUUCUAAAGCAAAAACAGUGAAUUAAAAAGCAUUUGCACGUCCCCUCACUGGUUUUUCAAAUUUGGCUUUACAAUUGAUGAAAUAAAGGGAGUAAAAUU